AUGACUGAGCCAAGCAGGGGACUGUUUUACCUUCCUAUCAUCUAUUUAUGGACAGGUAAGAGCUCUUCAUGUCUUAUCUACAAUCAUGUAGUUUAUUUUGAUUUAACAGUUGAAAAGAUUCGAGAUGACUUUCAAAUAAAAAUCAUGAAUAUUGACUUUUUUUAGUCUUUUUUUUAAGACUAGCCGCGAUUGAGAGUUUAUUAGGUGGCUGUUGUGCAGUAAAGAAAAAGGGAAAUCCUUUUAUUCAUGAACACACAUACACCAAGAAGAGCUUGAUAUCUAUCCUAAUUGUGUUAAACUGUUGUUUGUUUUGGAUGCUUUCAUUUAUCAAUACUGGAGUGAAAAUAGUUGACUGUUUGCAGAACUAAAGUCUAACUGUAAGUUAACGUGACUGAAUUUGACACCAUGUCGCCUAAUGUAACAUAACAUAAUGUAGCCUUGUGUUACAGAAUUUGAUAUAACAUUAUAUAAUGUGCAUAACUUAACACUUAAGCGGAAGAAAAAGUAACAUAGCAUAACCAAAUAUAACAUAAUGUCGGGUAACAUGAUGUUCUCUGUCAUAUCAUACUACAUCAUAUGAAAUUGUAUUCUAACAGGCCGAAUUCAGCCCCCGAUUUUCUGCUUCAGAUUUGACUGUUUAAGGGAAGGUCAAGAUGAACAGAUCCUGAUCUGGGACCAGUUUGCGUAAAUUUGUCAGAUCCACACUGGAUGAUCCCAGAGUGAAACCUUCUAUUCAUUUGUCAAAAUACAAACAAAGGGGGAUUUCACAGCUUUUGUGACAUGCAACCCCAAUAGACCAGGUCCUGAGUAGAAAGAAAGAAAGAAAGAAAGAAAGAAAGAAAGAAAGAAAGAAAGAAAGAAUGAAAGAAAGAAAAAAGAAAGAAAGAAAGAAAGACCUUACUUAGACCUUGACCCACAUUAAAAAUCUUCUAAACCAAAAAUAAAAGCUGUGAAGUAGAUGUAAACUUCAGCUGCAGAUGUACAGUGUUGUAAUGUAGUGGAAUGUAAGUUAGUAUUAAAUCAGAUUGUUUGUUAUUGUAUUGUAUCCCUCUGUAAUCCAUUUUAAAUGACCUUCCUCCAGGAGGCGUAGAGGGUGAUGUCCUGGCAUCCCUUGCUCCUCCGGUCCACCUGUCAGGGGAGAGACUUGGUUGGACGCUGCUGGUCUGCAUGGUGACUGACUUUAGGAGAGGGUACCUUCAAGUCAGCUGGAGGUCACCAUCAGAGGAUCACAUGUCCAGCUCACCAUACAGCCUCGCUGUAACUAAUAAGCAUCAUGUCCAUAGUCCUGUGGCAGUUAUCACCGUGGCAACCAGAGACUGGCCAUCCUACAGCUGCUCCGUGACUCAAAAACGGCGCCCAAAAGUCAUCCGGAGACACCACUCCAUCAGAUCAGGUUGAGCUGUAGCUGCUAGAACACACUAAUUAGUUUUCAGUCUCCAGUGUUCGUUAGUUUGUACAACAGCAUCUGACUGUUUAAUAUCCGCUUAACUUUCAUUAAACAGGGCUUCAGGACAGGACCUGCAAUGAAGAGGACAACACAGAUGGUAAUACAUUUGAUUAUUUGCAAAAAGAAAAUUAAAAAUCUCAAUUCAUACACAAGUUUUUUUCAUAUGCUUUUCUGUGUGUUGUAUUCCAGAUAUUGUUGUGUGGACAAACACGGUGGUUGUCUUGAGUUUGAGGCUACUUCUGAUCAAGGUCAUCGUCUUCAACACUUUGAUAACUAUAUACGCUGUUAUCAAAUGGUAG